CUCGAGCAGCAGCAGCAGAGCCAGAGCUGCCUCUGUUUGGAUAAACACUACGCUGGUCCUCUAGCAGGUUUUCUCACGUCCGUCUGUCUCCUGUCAGGACUUGUCAGCGCUCUUCUUGACCGUGCAGCAUAGCAGUAUUAUGCGAGCACCGUCCGGAGUGUGGGAGCACCGUGUGAAGUGAGUUUUCUUGAAUCAUCUAUAUGGGCCAUCUUCUCUCGAAAAAUGGUUAUCGCCUGAAAAAGAAGACACGCAAGUUGCAUCACAGGAAGAAGAAGAAGAGGAACUGCUUUCUGCAGGGGCCUUGCAUGCUGUGCUUCAUCAUCCACAGCAACAGCAACGGUCUUGACGACGACAACGAUCAUUUGGAGACCACUGUCAACGGCAGCGGGUGCCGUCAUAACAGCAUCACUGGAAUCAGUGUUCCAGGUGUUGGAGGAGUUGGCAUUGGAGCGGCAACUGCCUCAAAACUUGCUGAGAGAUACGCAACACUUGCAUCUCCUGAGGACUGCUCAAAGUUUCUGUUAUCAUCUCGAGAGCUGGCUAUUUGGGAGGGCCAGGGUAGGAACCUGUUAUCAGCUGUUCCUGCAAAACUGAUCCCACCACCAGCGUUGUUUCGAACUGCUGGGGUGUCAGUGACUGUACCCAUACCUGUGCCUGUGCCUGGCUGCACCAACGACUACACUGACAUGGUGUGUAAGAGGAAGUGCUCAGAGGUGCAGAGGUGCACCCCCUGUAAGCAGCCACGCUGUGCCUUCGCUGGCCCUGACGCAGGGUUAGAGAGCAGUGGAGUGGGAGGAGACGGAGGAGAGGCCUCUUCAAACUCUGAAACUGGCAACUGUCACCUGCCUCUCUGCCCGAUUCCCUCCUCUUCCUCUGCCUCUUCCUCUGCCUCCUCCUCUUCCUCCUCACCUGCUGACGGCUGCUGUGGGCUGGGUCUCCAUGCUGAUUUGCCACACAGUUCAAACUCGUCCCCCUGCUGCUUGCCUCACUAUGACGAUUGCCAGCCAAGAGCCUCUGAUGCUGCUGAACAUUUAAGUAUCAACCACCUGCCUUCCUCCAUCCUUCUCAAGGUGCUCUCCCACUUAACAGUGAAGGAGCGAUGUCUUUGUGCCUCUCUGGUGUGCAAAUACUGGAGAGACCUUUGCUUGGACUUCCAGUUUUGGAAGCAAAUCGACCUCAGUGGCCUACAGCAAGUAAACGACGAUCUCCUGGUGAAAAUAGCUUCCCGGAGGCAAAAUGUGACUGAGAUAAACAUUUCAGACUGCAGAAGGGUCCACGACCACGGUGUUUCCACUCUAGCGUCCCACUGUCCAGGCCUUCAGAAGUAUACCGCAUACCGCUGCAAACAGCUCGGUGACAUGUCCCUGUCAUCCUUGGCGACGCACUGCCCUCUGCUGGUGAAAGUGCACGUGGGCAACCAGGACAAACUAACCGACGAAGCACUAAAGAAGCUGGGGGAGCACUGUGGUGAACUAAAGGACAUCCACUUGGGUCAGUGCUACAGCAUCACUGACGAGGGCAUGGUGGCCCUGGCCAGAGGGUGCCCUAAACUGCAGAGACUGUAUUUGCAAGAGAACAAACUGGUCACUGACCGGUCUGUACGAGCCGUUGCAGAGCAUUGUCCUGAGCUGCAGUUUGUUGGCUUUAUGGGCUGCCCUGUGACCUCUCAGGGAGUCAUUCAUCUUACUGCGCUACGUAACCUGAGUGUCUUGGACCUGCGGCACAUCUCAGAGCUGAACAACGAGACGGUGAUGGAGGUAGUGAGAAAAUGUCGCAAUCUCAGCUCCCUCAACCUCUGCCUCAACUGGAGCAUCAACGAUAGAUGUGUGGAGAUCAUCGCCAAGGAGGGAAGAAGUCUGAAGGAGCUCUAUCUCGUGUCUUGUAAAAUCACAGACCACGCUCUGAUAGCCAUAGGCCAGUACAGCAGUACCAUAGAGACCGUGGAUGCCGGCUGGUGUAAGGACAUCACAGACCAGGGAGCCACACAGAUAGCUCAGAGCAGCAAGUCCCUCCGCUACCUGGGCCUCAUGAGAUGUGACAAGGUGAACGAGGAGACAGUGGAAAGGCUGGUGGUCCAGUAUCCUCACAUCGUGUUCAGCACCGUGAUGCAGGACUGCAAGAGAACCCUGGAGAGAGCUUACCAAAUGGGCUGGAUCCCCAACACGUCCAACACGUCGUAGCUACUGCUGGAUCGCUAACACACGUUUAGGCAUUUACGUACACACACACACAAACACAUAGCGACACAGAGGCUCUUUUUUUUUUUUUUUUUUUUUUCUUUGUGUACAUACACAACGUUUGUAGCUCGGUCCUGUUUGCUUCUCGGUCACAGAUUGAAACUGCAUGUGAACAUGUAGCUACACACACACUCUCAGAAUUCAUCAGCUCUUUAACUUGAAGCAAAUCUCCCGUUUUCAUCAUAUAGGUCAAAUAUAAGCAUCAGUAUUUUAUAAUUUAAGGAGACGUCUUACAAACUAGUCACACCUUACUGUAUUGAUUUCAUCUUCAGGUAACAGUCACAUUCUUCGACCAGGGAUAUGCAGUUGUUUUAGUGCAAAACCAACAUGUGUUCUUAUCUGUUCUCUAUUAUUUGUGAACGUCCUCCAUUUAGUCUUGAUGCACGAGGAGAAAACCAGACACUUCCAUCUAAAGAAAUGCAUCAAAGUGCGAAGAAUUCAAAGCUGUGACGCCUCGUGUGGACCUCCAAACCUCUGAACCCCAUAUCCGCCAACCAAGGCGUCAUCUGUUACAUGUGAGAUCGCACCAGACCUUUCGGAAACUUUACCCGUCAAGAAGCAGCGUCGGACUACUUCAGCGGUAGAGAUGAUCUCACUUUGACAUUUAGAGAAAUGGGAAACUCCUCUCCUCUCCUUUCCUCUGCUCUCCUUGAUGUUAAAUACAGUAUUAAAGGCAUUUGUGGACUCAUACACGUUGAGAUCGUGGGCUUGGCUCCCAUUUGAAGGACGGAAGUCUUUGCUGUGGCGUCGAGAAGAAGGACGUAGGCGAGAAUCAGUCUAAAGCUUCGGCAUUUGCAUGACAGUAAAAGAACAGCGGUGAUUUUCAUUUUUAAGGUGGAUGUUUACAUUAAGAUGCUCACCUCAUUUCACAUGUGGAGAUGUUACCUUCAUACCAUCUGAAGUAGGAUACAACAUCUGUACACGUUGGGAUGACGCUUCUUUUUUUGACAUUGUGCAUAGUUAUAGGGUUAACUGAGCAUCACCUCAUGUCAGAAUGAAAGGAAACAGCGCUUGAAAUACAAGUUGCCUUUACCCAAAUCCUCUGGAUCACAUGAUGAGAAUAGUAACCACCGUGAUGACAGGUAAGAGGAGACGAUGCCUUAAGCGGUUAGUAGGUAACGCCAUCGAAGUGGCAACUUGAAAAUCAACACAGAAUUUACUAAAGAAAUGUUUAUCUGCUACUAGUUUAUCAAAUACAUUUUUCUCUUUAUUUGAUCUGAUAUAUACAUCUAUCUAUAUAUAUAAAUACUGUGUGAUUUACUUAGCCUAAUAUUGAUUUUGAGCGUAUACAUGUAACAAUAGCUAUGUAGCAAAGCAAUGAGGGAUUUAUCUUUCAAAGUGGUCUAAGUUGUAAAGAAAACAUUGCGGAGGCAUACUGUAUAACCAGGGCCAGUAGAAGUUGAUAGAUCGGUCAUUUUUCAUCUAUUCUAUAGAAACUCAGUAGUGUACAGUUGAAAAUGCAAAUAACCAGGGUAUUUUUCUAUGGUGUGAACCAGCUCUUGGCUCAGCCUCCACACAAACUGUCACUCAGAUAUUGAACAAUAGCUUGCUGAGCUUAGGAUUUGAGUAGAACUGUAAACUUUCUACACUAUAUAGAGAUUUCAGACAAUUAAAAACACGUUCAUUUUACUCUUGUCAAGAUUUGUAGACUUAACCGGCGGAGAGUUUCUCCCUCGGCCUGUUUUUUUUGUUCUGUUUCUGUUCUUUUGUAAUCCCCAUAUGCACUUUCUUCUCUGCUAGAUGUUGACACACUUGAUUCCUGAUUUGUUAAGGCAACCGUAAAUGACUGGAUUUACAUAAAGAUGAAUAAAACACUACUACUUCAA